GAGGGAGAAAUGAAGAAAGAGAAGGGGAAGAAGAGCAAAGAGAAGAAUAAAGAGGAAGAGACCCCGGGGAAAACCCGUAAAAGGAAAUCUAAGGAAGAAGGAGAAGAAAAAGACAACAAAAAGGCUAAAAAGGAGGAGAAAGAGGAAGAAAAGAAAGCAGAGGCAGAAAACAAGUGGAAGUGGUGGGAAGAGGAGAAGAAGGAAGAUGGGGUAAAGUGGACGCAGCUGGAGCAUCGAGGACCCUACUUCGCCCCUCUGUAUGAGCCGCUGCCUGAUGAUGUGCAGUUUUAUUACGAUGGCAAACCCCUGAAGUUGAGCCUGACCACGGAGGAAAUUGCCACCUUCUAUGCCAAAAUGCUCGAUCACGAGUACACGACCAAGGAGAUCUUCCAGAACAACUUCUUCAAUGACUGGAGGAAGGAGAUGACCUCAGAGGAGCAAGAGGUAAUCCAAGACCUGGACAAGUGUGACUUCAGGGAGAUCCACAAGUACUUUGUGGACAAAAAUGAGGCACGGAAAGCACUCUCCAAAGAAGAGAAGCAGAAACUGAAGGAGGAGGCGGAUAAGAUCCAGGAGGAAUAUGGGUACUGCAUGCUUGACGGGCACCGGGAGAAGAUAGGCAACUUCAAAACCGAGCCACCAGGGUUGUUCCGUGGACGUGGUGACCACCCCAAAAUGGGCAUGCUGAAGAAGAGGAUCAUGCCAGAAGAUGUUGUCAUCAACUGCAGCAAGGACUCCAGGAUCCCCAAGCCACCAGAAGGGCACAAGUGGAAGGAGAUACGCUUUGACAACACCGUUACCUGGCUGGCCUCAUGGACGGAAAACAUCCAGAACACUUUGAAGUACAUCAUGCUGAACCCCAGCUCCAAGCUGAAGGGGGAGAAGGACUGGCAGAAAUAUGAGGUAGCCCGGCGCUUAAAGGAUGUUGUCCACAAAAUCCGUGCUCAGUAUCGAGCCGACUGGAAGUCCAAGGAGAUGAAGAAGCGGCAAAGAGCAGUGGCCCUCUAUUUCAUUGAUAAGCUGGCACUGCGAGCCGGCAAUGAGAAGGAGGAAGGUGAGACUGCGGACACGGUUGGCUGCUGCUCCUUGCGAGUGGAGCACAUCAAGCUACACCCCGAGCUGGAUGGGCAGGAGCACGUGGUGGAGUUCGACUUCCUUGGGAAAGACUCGAUCCGUUACUACAACAAAGUGUCGGUGGAGAAGCUGGUGUUCAAGAACCUGCAGCUGUUCAUGAAGAACAAGGACCCAGGAGAUGACCUCUUUGACAGGCUUAACACAUGCAUUUUGAACAGGCACCUUCAGAGUCUGAUGGAUGGUUUGACUGCCAAAGUGUUCAGGACCUACAAUGCCUCCAUCACCCUGCAGGAGCAGCUCAAGGCACUCACUAACUCUGAAGACAACGUUGCGGGAAAGCUCCUCUCCUACAACCGAGCUAACCGAGCUGUGGCCAUCCUGUGCAACCAUCAGAGGUCUACACCAAAAACCUUUGAGAAAUCAAUGCAAAACCUCCAGACCAAGAUUGAUGCCAAGAAGCAACAGGUAGAAGAAGCCCAGCAGGAGCUGAAAAAAGCUGAAGAUGAGUUCGAAGACACAAAAGAUGCCAAAGCAGAAGCCAAUGUGGAGAAGAAAAAGAAGCUGUUGAAGCGACUGGAAGAGCAGUUGGCCAAGUUGAACGUCCAGGCCACAGAUAAGGAGGAGAACAAGCAGAUAGCUCUGGGCACGUCCAAGCUGAACUACCUGGACCCCAGGAUUAGCAUAGCUUGGUGCAAGAAGUUCGGUGUGCCCAUUGAGAAGAUCUACAACAAGACACAGAGGGAGAAGUUUGCCUGGGCGAUCGACAUGGCUGACGAGGACUUUGAAUUCUGAGACAGUGCCUUUUGUGUGAAGUUGUGCUCGUUUGGUGCUGUUGGAAAGCUUUCUUUUUUUUACUGGUGCUGUU